AUGGUUACCUUAAUAUCUGUGAAUCUGUUGAACUAUCACCGAGAAGCUCAGCAUUUGGAAAUAAAAGACGCUAGAAAGGAAGCAGUAAACAAGGCAAACUGUUCUGAAUCUUCCAUUCUUAUGGGGAAGAUAGACAAUAAACAAAUCAACAAAAAAACCAAACGAGUAAAGAAUGUGAUUGAAGGAAAUACCAUCUGUGCUGUGAAUGAAGACAAGCAUGGUAACGAGACAGAAAAUUUCUGUGCUAAAAUCAUUGGAGGAAAUCAAGUGUGUCCUCAUUCAAGACCAUGCAUAGUCUUUAUUAAAGGAAAAGAAAAAUGUGGUGGGGCUUUGAUUGCAAAAAACUGGGUGUUGACUGCGGCUCACUGUGCCCUGGACAAAAGAACCAAGGUCAUUCUUGGAGCUCACACAAGAAACAAUACUGAGCCAGAAAACCAAAUUAUGUCCAUUAAGAAACAGAUUGCCUAUCCAUGCUAUGACCCAGACACACCUGAGGGUGAUCUUAAACUUGUACAGCUGAACAAAAAAGCGAAACUUAAUAAAAAUGUGGCAAUCCUUCCCCCACCUAAAAAAGGGGAGGAUGUGAAGCCAGGAACAGUGUGCCGAGUUGCAGGGUGGGGGAAGUUUCACAAUAAUUCACCUCAGCCUUCAGAUACUCUGAGAGAAGUCAGUAUCACUGUCAUAGACAGAAAAAUCUGCAAUGAUGAAAAGCACUAUAAUUAUAAUCCUGUGAUUGGACUGAAUAUGAUUUGUGCCAGAAGCCUCAAAGGUGGAAAAGACACAUGUAAUAGAGAUUCUGGAAGCCCUUUGAUAUGUGACAGUAUUUGCAGAGGCAGCACUUCCUUCGGCCUUCGAAAGAAAUGAGACCCUCGAGGACUUGGCGCCUAUGUUCUUCUCUCAGAGAAAUACCUCACGUGGAUAACUAAGACUACCAAGGGGAAACCUUGGAUAACUAAGAAUAUCAACGGGACAGCUUAG